AUGGCAACUUCUGAAGCAAGCCCGGCACCUCCCGAGGUUCUCUGGGCCCAGCGAUCUUCCGUCUCAGACCCCUCAAAGAACUUCAUCUACUUGACUCUCUCCGUCCCCGAUGUCCCCGAGAAGGACUCCAAGCUCGAUCUCAAGCCAACGAGCCUCAGCUUUACUGGCACCUCGACAACUCUUAAGCGCAAGUUCCAUGUCGAGCUCGAGUUCUACGCCGAAAUCGAUCCCGCCGAGAGCAAAAUCAAUCACACCUCGAAGAACAUCGAGAUAAAGCUGCAGAAGAAGGAGCUCAAGGAGGAGUACUGGCCUAGACUUCUCAAGGACUCCAAGAAGCCUCACUUUCUCAAGACAAACUUCGACAAGUGGGCCGACGAGGACGAGCAGAACGAGGUUCCCGAGGAGGACUUUUCGCAAUUCGGUGGUGGCGCCGGCAUGGGUGGCAUGCCUGGCAUGGGUAUGCCCGGCAUGGACGGCAAUGAUUUCGGUGGCAUCGACUUCUCCAAGCUUGCCGCAGGUGGCAUGCCCGAUAUGGGCGGCAUGGACGGCGCCGACGCCGAGGCUGACGAUGAUGAAGAUGACGAGUUGCCCGCGCUUGAGGACAAGAACGCGGAUCAGGAGGCACAGAAGGCUUAG